GUGGGCAAAGAGUUCCGUUGGAUUUGGGGGUCCGGACAGCGCAAGGACGGACAGCGCAAGGACGGAGCUGAGCCAUGGUGUCUGCAGGGGGAAAGAAGAGAAGACCCCAAGAGGGAAGGAGAUCCCGGGCAAGGGGAGGACCCCAGAAAAGAACAAGGCAGAAAACCCAAAGCAGGAGACCCCCAUCCAAGAAGGUGGCGUUUAACGGGAAAACCAAGCAGAAACCCAAAGAUCGGCAGAGGAGGAGAGGGUCCUCCAAAGCCGCCUUCGACCCCACCAAGGCGCUCAAGCAGGACGGCAGGCUCCUGUCCCGCGAAGCCAAGGUGCUGAUGGCGGCCUUCCUGCGGGACGUCUGCAGGAAAGUGGAGAGCGAAGCCGAGCGGCUGCGGAAGGAGAGCCAGCGUCCCGUCGUCGGCCCCGCGCACGUGCGCGCCGCCCUGCACCGCGUCAUGCCCAAGAACUGGAAGCACGCGGCCGGAGGCCGGUAACACCCAGCCCCAUCCCUCCCCAGACCCAUGGAAGGGGGAGCGACCGGACCCGAAUCCCGAAGGGAGGGGGAUGAAAGCCCGAAAAGCUGCGGAGAAACCGACGCGACCGUGGGAGACCCCACGGGGGUCAGCAAGCGCGUGAAAUAAUCCCGCAGCGUUGCAAUACAUGCGAGCUCUGCAGCA